AUGUUGAAUGAUGCCUCUACUGCUGCAGCCCUUCUGAGACUGGCUUUCCAUGACUGUCAAGUGGAUGGUUGUGAUGGUUCAGUUCUUUUCAGGGUUUCAAUUGGCUCGACACCAGAAACGCUUUCUGGCAUGAAUUUUGGACUAAGGAAGCUCAACAUCAUCAAUGACAUAAAGAGCUCUCUAGAAACAAUUUGUCCCCAAACUGUUUCCUGUGCUGAUAUUGUCCAAUUAGCUGCAAGGGAAGCCAUAUAUUUGACAGGAGGACCUUAUUUAGAGAUUUUGUCUGGAAGAAGAGAUGCUAUGUCUGUAAGUAAGCAGAGAGCCGAUAAAGAGCUUCCAGCAGCUGAUAUCUCUGUUGAUGAAUUCAUUGGAUUUUUCUCCCAAAAGAACAUUAGCCUCGAAGUUGGGGUUGCCUUGACUGGGGCUCAUAGCCUAGGCAUAGGCCAUUGCCAGAACUUCGAGAAGCAGCUGCAGCCGGUAAUAGAUCCCACAUUGUCACCUUCCUUAACAGUCAUGCUACAGAUGAUCUGCAGCAGUCCAUCUCUAUCAGACGAGACUUUCAUGACAAAUGAUGCCACUACCUUCUUAUUCGAUAACUGCUAUUUCAUUGACAUCCUAAAUGGGAGAGAACAUUUGAAGAUUGAUUCUGAGAUUUCAAGAGAUCAGAGGACACUGCCUUAUGUGGUUGCGUUUGCAAAGAACCAGAAGUGGUUUUUUAAUAGUUUCUUGUCUGGAUUUAUGAAGCUCUCAAGCCACAAGGUUCUAGUGGGAGAGGAGGGAGAAAUAAGGAGGGAAUGUAGGAUUAGAUGUCCCAGUGCGGAGCUUAUUGUGAAGCAGACAGUGAGUAGUAGUAUGUUGAAUGAUGCCUCUACUGCUGCAGCCCUUCUGAGACUGGCGUUCCAUGACUGUCAAGUGGAUGGUUGUGAUGGUUCAGUUCUUUUCAGGGUUUCAAUUGGCUCGACACCAGAAACGCUUUCUGGCAUGAAUUUUGGACUAAGGAAGCUCAACAUCAUCAAUGACAUAAAGAGCUCUCUAGAAACAAUUUGUCCCCAAACUGUUUCCUGUGCUGAUAUUGUCCAAUUAGCUGCAAGGGAAGCCAUAUAUUUGACAGGAGGACCUUAUUUAGAGAUUUUGUCUGGAAGAAGAGAUGCUAUGUCUGUAAGUAAGCAGAGAGCCGAUAAAGAGCUUCCAGCAGCUGAUAUCUCUGUUGAUGAAUUCAUUGGAUUUUUCUCCCAAAAGAACAUUAGCCUCGAAGUUGGGGUUGCCUUGACUGGGGCUCAUAGCCUAGGCAUAGGCCAUUGCCAAAACUUCGAGAAGCAGCUGCAGCCGGUAAUAGAUCCCACAUUGUCACCUUCCUUAACAGUCAUGCUACAGAUGAUCUGCAGCAGUCCAUCUCUAUCAGACGAGACUUUCAUGACAAAUGAUGCCACUACCUUCUUAUUCGAUAACUGCUAUUUCAUUGACAUCCUAAAUGGGAGAGAACAUUUGAAGAUUGAUUCUGAGAUUUCAAGAGAUCAGAGGACACUGCCUUAUGUGGUUGCGUUUGCAAAGAACCAGAAGUGGUUUUUUAAUAGUUUCUUGUCUGGAUUUAUGAAGCUCUCAAGCCACAAGGUUCAAGUGGGAGAGGAGGGAGAAAUAAGGAGGGAAUGUAGGUUUGUAAACAGUUACUAGACAGAUUAUGUGCUCUUUUGAUUGACCUUUGUCGUGUUCCCACUAUGUAUUAUCAAUCUUAG